UUAACUCUGAUGGCUACGUGCCUCGGUCGCCAUAUUUAAUUUGUCAAGAACCGCCGACCACUCGUGAGAAAAUUGUGUACCUGAACUUUGUGUAGAAUCAAGAAAAGAAUUUAUAUUUCAUAGUUUUAUAUUUAAUAAUUAGUCUCAAAAUGUCUGGAGGUAGUGGCGGUAGUCGAAAUGAGUGCAGGAUAUACGUUGGUAACCUGCCUCCUGAUAUCAGAACAAAAGAUAUUCAAGAUUUAUUUUACAAGUUUGGCAAAGUUACGUUUGUUGAUUUGAAAAACAGGAAGGGACCACCUUUUGCUUUCGUCGAAUUUGAAGAUCCUCGCGACGCAGACGACGCGGUGAGGGCGCGCGACGGUUACGAUUACGACGGGUACCGCUUGCGGGUUGAGUUCCCGCGGGGAGGGGGCGGCGGCGCGCGCGGCGGGCGCUCGCAGCCCGACCGCUUCGGGCCGCGCCCCGCCGCGCGCGGGCCGCCGGCGCGCCGCUCGGAGUACCGCGUGCUCGUCACCGGCCUGCCGCCGUCCGGCUCCUGGCAGGAUCUAAAGGACCACAUGCGUGAGGCGGGCGACGUGUGUUUCGCAGACACAUUCAAGGAUGGCACCGGUGUUGUGGAGUUCCUGAGGCAUGAGGAUAUGAAGUACGCUGUGAAGAAGUUGGAUGACUCUCGUUUCCGGAGCCAUGAGGGUGAAGUAUCAUACAUUCGUGUCAAAGAAGAUUACGGCAGUGGUGGCGACAGGGACAGGUCGCCGUCGUACUCGCCGCGCUCGCCGGGCUACGCGCGGCGCCGCGGCUCGCCCACCUACUCGCCCGUGCGCCGCUCCUACUCGCGCUCGCGCUCCGCCUCGCCCGCGCCGCGCCGCGCCUACUAGCAGGCCAGGCGAAGGCGGACGGAGCUAUCGGUCCAGGAACAAUGUCUAUUGGCAUCCAAUAAGAAACCUCGUCAUUUCGACGACUUGUAGCAAUUUCGAGUCUGUACAACCUAUACAACCAAUAUUGUCGAGUGUAGUUUAUAAUUUUAUCUUAAGCGAGCGCGCUCCGGGCCCCCGCUCUAUAACAUUGAUAUUGUUCCAAUUAAUAAUUUAUCUGUGUAUAUGAAAUGGUCACAAAUUUU